GAUGCGUCGUGUUAUUAACGAUGCGUUAUUAUACGUACAUUUAAGCAUAUAAACGUGUAGAUGUUUCAUCUUUUUGCGGAUGGAUAUAUCUGACUGACAAUAGUUCGUGUUGGUGUGCGCCGCCGCUGCUGAGCUUGACUAGUGUAACGUUAACCUGGAGCAGCAGCGACCGUCGGGACGAUAAACCUCAUGUUGGAUUAAUGUGUUUUUAUCAAUAAAGCCACGAUUGACGUCGAUGGAAUAUUUUUUAUUGUGUUAAUACGCAGAAACUCAGGUAAGUUGUUUUAAAAUGCCUUUGCUGGGGAAGAUAGUGGUGAUCAAGAGAAAUGGAGAAGACGGCACUGAAUUUCCUCUCACAGCUUCAUGCCUUUUCGGGAGGAAACUUAAUUGUGAUAUUCGGAUUCAGCUGCCACAGGUCUCCAAAGAGCAUUGUAGAAUUGAGCUGAAUGAGAAUAAAGAGCUCAUUUUGACAAAUUUGAGCUCCGUGAACCCCACGCUUAUCAAUGGAGAAGCACUGCAGGAGAUUGAACGUUUGAAGCAUGGUGAUCUCAUCACAAUCAUUGAUCGUUCUUUCAGGUUCGAGUACCCACCUCCAAAGACGCCGAAGAAAAAGAGGCUGUCCACAACUGGACAAGACAAAACACCUCAGAAGCUGGAGAAAAGCACACCUGUACCUGUGGAGAAAAGGAAGUCCGAGCAUUCAUUUGACACCUGUUUAAAGGAUGGGUCCAAUUUGCCUCAGUCAUUGGAGCAGACUGUUGAGACUGCAGCAGAUGAGAAACCUAAGAAGGACAGCAUGUCUCCAUUCGGUGAGCUUUACCAAAUGGUCAAACAGGACCUGGCUGCUAAAUCGCCAUGGAAGUCUGGGCUAGCCAAGACACCUCUCGCAAGACCUCAGGUUGACCAAGUUCCUACAUCAGAUGUUAAAAACAAUCCUAAACCUGUCACAGCUCCAUCUACCAAGAGAAGAAGAUCCUCAAAAGGCAACUUUGAAGACCAGACUGGAGUAUAUGUUCCUCAGAGCUCAACAAACGCCACCCCAGAGGGAGAACCUGCCGAAAUGCCAUCAGUGGAGUCCAGCACCCCGUUAGUGUUGGAGAAAAGCGGAACCCCUGUCUCUCAGAAAAAUGGAACGCCUUCAAAAACACCUGAGACGUUCAGCGCUGGCGAGGUGGUCCAGCAGAUUCUUCCAGAGCCACAGCCCGAAGAGAAAACACCCAGAUCCCCAAAGAGGAGGAGAAGUGGUGCGUCUCAGGAUCAAAGCCUUGCCCUCCAAAUAUCUUCCAGCCAGCCUCCGACACCAGGACCAGAGGAGAAGAACACCGAUGUGAAAAUGUCACCAAGAACGUCCCCAAGAGCAAAUGCUGGCAAAAGGUUUCAAGUCCAAGAUGUUCUGUCUGAGAUUACAGCGGACACACACACUGAUGUAGCCAUUCGACAGUCCAAGAAAAAGCGUGUAUCAUUUGGAGGUCAGUUAAGUCCAGAGCUGUUUGACAAAUGUAUGCCCCCUAAUUCCCCUCUUCACCGUGGAGCGACCCCAAGACGAAGUCUUGGACCUUCUCAGAAGCCCCUAUCUCUCCUGCGAAGAGCAUCCACCAUUGGUCUUUUGGCUCUCCGACUUGAGGAAACUGAUAGGGAGAGUGCAAAGGCUCAAAGUAGUCCAGCAAAGAAAGCUUCACCUAAACGUGCAGCCACUAAGACUCCAUCACCUGCCAAGAGGUCACCGAGGGCUAAAACUCCAUCACAAAAACCUCAGAAGUCUCCUUCUGGUGCAGCCACUGCUUCACCCAAAACUCCUGCCUCUUCUAGGAGAUCUUCCUCAUCAUCGAUUGAGGCAGCGGGUAACGGUUCUGCCAUUGAGACUCCGAAGGUGCAGGGGCGAUUUUCAGUUUCCCGCAUCAGCACACCUUCACCUGUCCAGGAUCAGAUGGAUGAAGGGGAAGACAUGCCUCAGGUUUCAGGAACGCCAGCAAUCCCACUACGGAGGAAAAGCAUGAAAUCUGCACGAAAAACACCCAAGAGUGCCAUGACGAGUGCACUUAAUGUUAUGCGCUCAAGGCGCAGUGGAGCAUCACGCGCUAAUCUGAAAGUGUUAAACUCUUGGGCUGAUAUUGUAAAGUUUGGUCAGUCCAAACCUCAAACGGAUGUUACAACCAAGAAAACUACAAAGAGCGUCGUGGUCAAGAGAACCGUAGUUCCAAAGCCCAAGACCCCUGCACGGAGGCUAAAGGAAGAUAUCAGCACUGGGCAUGCCAUGUCUCCAGUCACCCUUGUUGUCGGCAGAGCUCAUUUAAGGACGAACCUGUCUGUUGGAACAGCCCCUAAAAUUGUGCCUAACAUAGCAGUGCUCAAGAAGGACAUGAAAAUGGAUGAGGAUCUGACAGGUAUUGCAGACAUAUUUAAGACUCCGGCUAACAAGUCCAAGAAUAUGGCUCGCAUGAACAGCGCAUGUCCAGAGACCCCUCUGGAAGAUUUUUCAGUCAUGAAAACACCGGAAGAAUCAGGUGAAAUGAUGGUAUCACCAUUGAGCAUGGUGUCCACUGCCAAGCGUGAAAACUACAAAAAUGAAGCAGUGACACGGCUACUUCUGGAUAACCAAGAGGAUAGUUUAUUGAAUGAGGACCGUCUUUUACAACCAGCUGACAAUUCAAAUGACGCACAAGAAUCUGUGGAGAUGGCUGAGAGUGAUCAGACAGAGGAAGCGGAGAGUGUUCCCAAAGUGGUGGUCAAAACUCCCAAACAGGCCGCAGUACCGUCCUUGUGCCUCACUGGAGUCAAGCGCCUCAUGAAGACCCCCAGACAGAGGGCUGAACCAAUUGAGGACCUACGAGGAAAGCUGCUCAAGACCCCCAAAGCCCCUAAAUAUCCACAGGAAGAAAGUCUGGAAGGUGUGAAGGAACUCCUGAAGACUCCCAAACACGGAGGAGUUGUGGUAGAAGACAUGGUUGGAGAAAUAAAAAGACUGACGCAGACACCUAAAGAGAAUAACCCGGUGCUUUUUGCGGAUGGUAACGAAGACAUCACUGCUGUGAAAGAACUCAUGAAAACACCAAAAGUAAUGGAAGAAGAGGACCUGAAUGGCCUUAAACAGCUGAUGAAGACUCCUAAACACAAAGGAGAACCAGUUGAAAAUCAUCUGGGUUUAAAGAGACUGAUGCAGACCCCCAAAGAGAAGGUUGAGCCUUUGGAGGACCUCACCGGUGUGAAGCAGUUAAUGAAGACUCCCAAGCACAAAGGUGAACCUGUCGGGAAUCAGCUUGGAGUCAGUAAACUACAGAAGACCCCAAGACAGAAUGGAGCGGCAGCUGAGGAGGAAUUUACUGGCCUUAAGGAAAUUGUUGAGGAGCCAGAGAGCAGUUCUACACAGAAUAAAUUUACGGAGUCUUUUGAGACACUAGAGCCUGUGCCAGUGGUGGCGAAUGACGACGCUUCCAUGCCCGCUAAAGAUUUUGAUAUGGAAUGCGACAAAGAAAAUGUUUGCCCAGUUGAACCCAUGGAGACCGAAGUUUUCAAAUCUGUGGAUCUGCCGUGCACCACCGAAGCAUUCGAUUCACAACUGAAGAUUGAAUCUGUAGCUGUAGUCCCUCAGGAAGAACACUGUGAUCAGACAAAAGAGGAGUCUGUUUCAGUUCAAGAUAUUGAUGUUUGUUCUUCUGAGGUCGAUGAGAAGACAAAAGAGCAGACUGAAGAAACUACCUCUGAGAACAGUGGUGUAACUGCUGAGUCUACCCAACAUUCACGCACUGCUGAGCAAGAAGAAGAAGAGGCAAUAAAACCUUCACUGGCCAGCAAACCCCAGCAAGGCAGUCGAGGAAGAGCAGCUCAGAAAUCUAAGGCACCUGCGGUGUUGUCAAUAAUUGAGGAAAGUGCACCACCUCCUCCAAGCCCUGGCAGAGGAAGGAGAGGAAAGCAGCUCAUUGAAGUCACAGACGUUGCUGCAAGCCCAUUAAGAAAAUCAGCCCGUGGAAGAGUCUCCAAGCCCAGCUUCGAGGUCGAAGAGGUAAAGAAUACAGAAGCUGUCCAGGCACCUGUGGCCUCCAUGAAAACGGAGGUAUCAGACAGCCAACCUGAAAUUGCAAAGACCAAGAAUGGAAGAAAAGCUCAAAAAGAUGAUGCUGAAAUUGAGCCUGUGGAAGAUGCAAGUGCUUUGGCUGUGCAGUGUUCUGAUGUACCAGCACCAACUGGUAAAGAAGAACGGGUCCAAGCCACUGUUCCUAAAGCUGGCAGAAGGAGGAUGAAUAAAAUGGAAAGCCAACCUUCAGAAGAACCUCAACAAAUAACUGAGACAGUUUCUGAAGAAAACGCUGUUACAACAGGGAGUGUCAGUCUGCAGACCUCAGAAGUUGCUGAAGCUCUCGUCACUGCAACAAGAGCCCGAAGAGGAAGGCCACAAAAGAAGGAAAACGUGAAAACUGAACCCACUCCUUCAUUGGAAAGUGAUAUGACAAGCACACCGGUUGAUGUAGUUGCUGAAAAGCCACCGGCAAAGUCAGGGCGAGGUAGAACAUCUAAAAAAGAAACCAUCAAGGACCAAACUGUGGAUGAUGAACCUAAGUUUGAGGCUGCGGUUGACAGUCAAGAUAAACCUGAAGCCCCGGUGGUCAAGUCUGUCAGAGGACGACGGGCCAAACAGCAGAAACCACAGAUGGCUGAAGACGUUGAUAUCCAGUCUGUUGCAGAUGCCAGCACACAUGCGACUGUGACUGAAGAAUACCCUGAAAUAGAGGUGAAGUCUGUCAGAAAUGGGAGACGAGCAAAACAAAUCUCAAAGCAGAUUCCGGUUGAGGCUGAAGAGAACGUUGUUAGUGUGGCAGAGCAAGCAAAGGUCCCUGUUGUAAAAGCGACCCGUAGAAGGCCGAUUGCAAAGGAAGUUGAAUCCGUGGCAGACGUUCCUGUAAAAAGAGGCCGUCGUGCUGCUCUCGAUCCCACACCUCCUGUUGCCGUAGUGUCCGGCCGUGGCCGCAAAGCUGCCGUCAAGGCAGAGCUGGAGGUUACGGAGGACGUGGCUUCAUCUGAAGAGCAAGUUAAGUCCAUUAAACAGACUAGACGAACAGCAAAAGUGCCUGAAUCAAAGAAGGUUAGUUCUGAAAGUGUUGCUGAUGAGAAUACCGUACCGGACAAAGUGGGCAGAGCAACUCGUGGCAAAAAAGAAAAGGGUUCGACCAAGGACACCGCUAAAACCCAGAUGAACGAUUCUGUGACACCUGAGGAAGACACCGUUACAAAAAGCUCAAAAACUGUCAACUGGAGCCCAGCUUUGGGGACCUCUAAAGAAAUUGAAGACUUUGAAACUUCUACAGAUGUCAAAGAAGCACCACUGAAGAGAUCCAAGAAGUUGGAUAAAUUAUCUGCUAAGACGAUGUGUACAGAAAGCGAUCAGUCGGCUGAUCAGCCACUCAGAGGCCGCAGAGGAAGAGGAGCAAGAAAAGAAGAGGAAGCCUCAGUUGAAGACCUUCCCGAAGAGCCUCAGAUGAAGGCCAAGCCAGUGAGAAGAGGAAAAGCAGCGGCUUCCGCAGCACCUAAAGCAGAACCCAAGGACAUCAAGGCAUCAACUCCACUGAAGAGGAAACGUAACGAGCCGUUGGAGGUAACUGAGGACCCGAGAGAUAAAGAACCUUUACCCAAGAGAAGAGGUAGAGUAGCCAACAGCACUGAAGUUGUUUCCAGCAAAGAGAAAACUCUUGAACCUGAACCUACUCCCAAGAAGACUAGUAAAAGAACGACAAGAGGACAGAACAAGAAACUUCAGGAACCUGAUCCAGCACCUGUCCCGGCUCAAGAGUCUGUUUCAGGCACUCGUAAAGCCAGAGGUGUGAAGAAAGCAGAAGCAGCUGAUAUCUCUAUUGAGGCCGCUCCUCUCAGGCGCACCCGCAGAAAGUGAAGCACUGAUCUUACAGAGUGGUCUUUAUCUUCAAGCUUGGAAAAAAUGUUUGUUUUAUAUUUUUGGACUUUUGAUUAUGAUUAUUUCCUAUCUGUACCAGGUUUAUUUUUCUAUAAUUUUAGCUGAUUUUAUAUUUGGGGAAAAAAUGAGUAAUGUGAACAUUUUAUCUAGUAUUUUUGUAUACGUUCUUUUUGUUACAUUGCAUUUUAAGUCAGAGAACCUGCAUUUUCAAGCAUCGUGCCUAUGCAGAUUUGUUAAGAUUCUCUAUUUGUGUACUGUUAACCGAAAACUUGAAUUCAUUCCUUGUCCCUGUUUGCUUUUUUAAUUGUAUUAAAAGAAUGAAACAAGUGCUGUGUGAAAACAUUAAGCUGCCAUAACUCUGAAAUGCUUUCAUUAAAAUGUCGUUGUUCA